AUGAGGCAACUUCCUCCGGCCAGCCCCUCCUAUCACAACGAGGUUUCAGAUUGCGAGAAAUGUCUUCGUCUGGCGAACUUGGAAAAGUUCAAUGGUCUCGUAUAUUAUAUUCUUCGUACUACACGCAAAAAGCUACGUAAAGUUUCUUCUAUCGCAGAUUGGAAGAAUGCUACUCAAAGAACUUUUAGGCCUUACUCGCCCCACUCGGUAAACAAUAUCGCCCCUGGUCUGCCACCGUGUAGGCGGAUCCGUACUCACAGAGCUAGCCUGAUGCCACCGACUCUGGUUCGCCAAAAUGAGCUGCAUCCUGCCUAUCUGCCCUCCAGCAACAAAGCUAGCCAUGAUCGGGUAAUUCAGGCUGCUUGCCACAAGUUCUUUUUGCACUAUAUAAAGCUCAAUGGUAAGUACGUCGAACAUCACGCUCUUCACCAUAGCUCAUUGUAG